AUGGUAUGGUACCAGCUCAUACGAUUUGGUGCCAGGCAAGUUAAAACAGACAAGCAGCAUCAGGGCAUCCGGGAACUUGCAGAAACGCAACUCCGAGGCCACGCCCCAGGUCCUCAGAGCCAGAGUCCGGAGACCCGGGCCAGCGCGUGCCAGGCACUUAGCUGUGACAGUGAUGGGGGACGCAGGGCAGGAGGUGCUUUCUCUCUUGGUAAAGGGCUGCUUCCUCCGCUGGUAGAAGAGCCGGGACUCUGGCCUCAGAAGCCUGCCACCAACGCCCUGGCCGGAGGGACCCAUUUCUGCUGGGGUCCAAGAGCCCCGGGCUCCCGGCAAAAAUCCAGGGCAACAAAUCCCACCUUUAACCCCCGCUCAUUCCUUCUCCGGAAUCCCAAUGACGAAUUCGAGCAGUUCCCCAUGGACGAGGAAGGGGAGGGGAACGAAAGCACAUGGACCGAAACCAGAAACAUCUCCUUCAACAGGAGCAGCCCUCUGCAGAGGCCGCCCCCCGUGUUCAUCUCGGACGCCGCCGCGGGCUACCUGACCAGCCCCUGGCUGACGCGCUUGGUCCCCUCCAUCUACACCGGCGUGGUGCUCAUCAGCCUCCCGCUGAACCUCCUGGCCGUGGCUGUGUUCGUCCUGAAGAUGAAGGUGAAGAAGCCGGCCGUGGUCUACAUGCUGCACCUGGCCACAGCGGACGUGCUCUUCGUGUCCGUGCUGCCCUUUAAGAUCAGCUAUUACUUUGCCGGCAGCGACUGGAAGUUCGGCUCUGGGAUGUGCCGCUUCACCACCGCCGCCUUCUACUGCAACAUGUACGCCUCGGUCAUGCUCAUGACAGCCAUCAGCGUGGACCGCUUCCUGGCGGUGGUGUACCCCAUCCAGGCCCUCUCCUGGCGCACCCUGGGGAGGGCCUGCUUCACCAGCCUGGCCAUCUGGGCCAUGGCCAUCGCCGGGGUGCUGCCGCUGCUCCUCAGGGAGCAGACCGCCCGGGUCCCGGGGCUCAACAUCACCACCUGCCACGACGUGCUCAACGCCACGUUGCUCCAAGGCUUCUACGCCUACUACUUCUCUGCCUUCUCGGCCAUCUUCUUCUUCGUGCCGCUGAUCAUUUCCUCCGUCUGCUACGUGUCUAUCAUCCGAUGUCUCAGCUCGUCCACCGUCGCCAGCCAGAGCAACAAGUCCCGGGCCGUGCUCUUGUCGACGGCUGUCUUCUGCAUCUUCCUCAUCUGCUUUGGGCCCACCAACGUCCUUCUGAUCACGCAUUACUUGUUCCUGUCCCACAGCGCUGCCACCGAGGCUGCCUACUUCGCUUACCUCCUUUGCGUCUGCAUCAGCAGCGUGAGCUGUUGCAUCGACCCCCUGAUCUACUAUUAUGCCUCCUCAGAGUGCCAGCGCCACCUCUACAGUAUCCUGUGUUGCAAAGAAAACGUGGAUCCCAACAGUUACAACAGCAGCGGUCAGUUGAUGGCAAGUAAAAUGGACACCAGCUCUGCUAACAUGAAUAACAGCAUCUACAAGAAGCUGUUAGCUUAGGAAAAGUGACUGCUGGUCAGUUAAAAAGAAAGGUUAAGAAAGUGAAAAGCUCAGGAAUUCUAUCAGUCCCUGGCAAAGCGACUUCAUCGCCUAAAAUAACAAAUGCAUGGUUUGCAUGCCUGCUGCUUAAGAGAGCAUAAAUAUUGGUUAGUUACCAGAAAAAGUAACAGGAAUGGAAGACAGUGUUAUUCCAAGGGAGUACUGCCAGUGCCACAGUAACUGAAUGUCACUCUUUUAGAUAUAUAGGUGGCUUACAUAUAUGUAUGAGUAUGCACACACAAGUAUUAUCUGCAGCACAGUAUGGAUUAGGCACUUUGAAGCCUUCUCUUUUUGCCCCCAGCAAUUAUAGAAAAAGAAAACCUCUGAUUGUCUGACGUUAUCUGACAAGUCCAGGCUGGUGAAGUUUAGCCAUGAGCCUCCGAAGAUGUGCAGCAGUAGUGACAGUAGUAGUUUGGGUUUACACACAAAUGGCAUGUGUUUAUACAUCGAUUAUUUUGCAAAUAAGUGAAUUUUAAUAUUGUUUGUCAGCAGUGCUUAACUAAUGGAAGGAUAAGAUUUGGUGGUAUGCAGAAAAAGUUCUGAUGUUUUUCAUUUUAAAUAUGUCAAAGUUUAAAUUUUUAAAGUUGUCGCAACAGAUGAAAAACCCAAUUUCUAUGGUCCGCAGUCUGAUAUUUUCCAUACUGCAUACAUGAACCGAGACCAAGCACAGUCCCCACACGUGACUGCAGACGGCCUUCCCGAGCAGCCCACCUCGAGAGUUGACCCUGCUGGACGGAGGACUCCAGGCCUCGGGCCAGGCAGAGCUGCAUGCUGGCCAGCAGCUGUCCUGCUUGACCUCCUGGGAACCAGCGAGACUCAGGCCACCAAGCUCGAGCCGUCAUCUGUGACAGCUGUGAGCUGAGCAUGUCUGUCAGAACCCGCAGGGCAGGAUGGGACGUCCUGGAGGCAACAGCCAUGAGAGGCUGCUCUGCCCGUCAUGGGAGCAGGAGGACGCCCGCGGCACCCUGACUGCGACUGAACUCAUCUUGGGAGAGCAGCAGGGACAGUACGGGGCAGCAUGUGAUGCACUAUGGUAAACACAAGGCAGUGUUUCAAGCCAGAUGCCACCCAGAGGCUCUCAUGCCAGCGAGGCCUGUCUGCUGCAGAGCUUGGAACACUUGUGUUUCUGCUUCUGCUGGUUAUAACUUAAGAUGAAAACACAACAGAGGAUGUGUACUUUUGAAAAGUAAGCCCUUCUGUCUAUAUCAGCUGGACAGUAUUUAUGUGUAAAUGUUUGUUCAAGUAACGACUCAAGUUUUCUUUUAAGACUCAUUUGUGUCAGACUGGUUAGAAAUAACAAGUGAAAAUGGAUUUGGCAUUGAAAUCUAGGAAAAUUAUUCUAUAUUUUUCGCUUUCCUUAAAAGUUAAUGAAAUGAUUUUUAAAGCUUUUUUAACCCCAUGAUAAGUAUCAAGCAUAGACAAAUAAAUCUUCAUGGGUUUAGCAAAGUAAUUUGAAAAUUAGGUUGAAAUUUUUUUUCCUGAUUAAAAAGUGGUGGCAUUUUAAACAAACAAAAGUGGGAAAGUUGCAAGGUAAAUGUUUAUCUAUUUAAAAGAGCAAAGUAUUUCCAAAUAUCAAUAAUUUACAUAAGAGUAAUAUAAGUGUAUUGCAAGUAGAAGCUAGCACUGAUUUUAUUAACUGAGUUAGUGUCAUUGUUUAUUUAGUCUGUAUAUAUUAAAAUACCUGUCAUCACAGUA